UGAGGGUCGGGGCGGGUCGGGGCGGGCCAGUGGGUUUUAAGGGCCAAACUUACACCCCUAGUUUCGCCUACUGUAGCUUGUUCCCAAAAGAUCGUAAGAUCAACGUGAAGAUGUUGGUGCAAGUUUGGAUGGCACAAGGAUUUAUCAUCAAGUCCGGUCAAUUUUCACUGCUUGAAGAUGUUGGAAUUGAAUAUUUUAAGAAUCUGUUGUGGAGGUCCUUCUUUCAAGAGGUGACAAAGGACCGGUACGGGAAUAUGAAAUAUUGUAAGAUGCAUGAUUUAAUGCAUGACCUUGCUGUCACAGUUGCAGGGAUGGAUACCAUCUGUUUGAAUGCUAUAAAUCUCACGGAUAGCCUUCUCAGCAGUGGGGUUGUCAACCUUGAAAGAAUUCGGCACCUGUCAAUCGAUUUUGAGAACAAAUGGGAGACUAGAGUAUGGAAAAUUCCAACUCUCUUGGCUAAAGCAACAAGGCUUCGAACAUUUAUGAUCAUAAAUGUGGCUGUGGGAGGUGUCAAGUUGGAAGGAAGAUGUGAGAUCUUCCUGAAUAUGACUAGGCUGAGAGUGUUUGGUCUUGGAGAUGCUAAAAUGGAGGUUUUCUCUAUUACCUUCAAUAAAUUGAAACAUCUUAGGUACCUUGAUCUUUCUAAGAACGGGGUGGAGAUACUUCCAAAUGAAAUUACAAGAAUGGUAAACUUGCAAACGCUCAAUCUGUGUUUAUGUGAACAUCUUCGACUAUUGCCGGCAGACUUGGGGAAGCUAUACAAUCUGGUCUUUUUUUACCUAGAUGAUUGUUCGAGUUUGACUUACUUACCAGCCGGGAUCUGCAAUCUUUCCUUCCUCAGAGAAUUGUCUUUAUUCAUUCUAACAGAAGCAGCUGCAAAAAACUCCAGAUUAGCUGGUCUCGGUGAAUUGAAGAGUCUGACCAACCUAAGUGGGAAGUUGACUAUCAAAGGCCUAGAAUUGGUGAAGGAUAAAUCCGAAGCAGCUGCAGCUAAUUUAAAGGAGAAAUCGCAACUUCAACACUUGGAACUAUGGUGGAGUGAUGACAGUAAUAAUAUGGUGGCUCGAGGAUGUGAUCACGAGAGGUCAGUAUUGGAGGCAUUACAACCACAUCCAAAUUUAAAGGAGUUACAGUUGUGUUAUUACGGCGGGACGAGUGUUCCAACAGCAAGCUGCUGGUUCUCUUCUCUCAGGAAUCUGGUUCGCAUCGAGCUAUAUUGUUGUGGGAAACUGCAAAGUCUGCCAUCGCUGGAUCCUUUUGUUUCUCUUGAAGAAUUGGUGUUGUAUAACUUAGAGAGCCUAGCAUACGUACAGAGAGAGACAGUAUCAUCAUUACCUUUUUCUUCUCUAUCUUCUUCAAACAAGGAUUUGCAGUGUCUGCCCUCCCUCAAGUCUCUCAAGAUCACGGACUGCCCAAAUUUAAUUGGCUGGUCUCUUGCAAAUAUGGAAGAGUCGCCUCUGUUACCUCGGGUUUCCACCCUGGAGAUCGAAGGCUGCCCGAAAAUGGUUACCAUCCCACAUUUUCUUAUCAACUUUAAGAAGGUUGAGUUGAUGGAUGUGAGCAGUGAGUUGUUGAGUGUGUUUGGUGCCUCUCUGAUUUCUCCAUCCCUUCCCCCAGCACACCCUCGAUUUCAAGAGUUGUGUCUCCAAUACGUGAAUGAUUUGCCGCAAGGGUUGAUGCCACAACUCAGUUCCCUUGAGAGACUAAACAUAUGGUUUUGUAGCAAUUUGACUACUUUGUCUCCAUCUAUUCUUCGACAUCUCCCUUCGCUCAAGGAGCUUCAUAUUCUAUCUUGUGAAGUUUUGGAACUGGAGGACUACGAUUAUGGUGAUGGUAAUAAAGGAAAUGAUGAGAAUGACAGCAUGCUACCGCGUUUUCUUCCCAGCCUCCGAUGCUUGGUUGUCCAAAGUGUUCCCAAGUUGGUGACUCUACCUAAUUGGCUUCAGUUUUCCUCCAAUUUGCAGCAGCUGGACAUAGACUGGUGUGACAACCUUAAGUGCUUACCAAGUUGGCUUAAAAAGCUCACUGCAUUGGAGUCUUUGGGCGUAUUUAGAUGUGAUCUUCUAUCUAGGAGAUGUAUAAGCAACAAGGCUGAGGACUGGCCCAUCAUUUCUCACAUCCCAAAUAUCCAAGUUGAUUCUAGACUUGUUCAAAAGGAAGGUUGCUAUUUGGAAAUGGAAGACGAAGAAGAAGAAGCAGAUCAAGAACAUGAAGAACAAGAGCAACAAGAAGAAGAAGCAUCAUCACACACCCAUAUCUCAAGGCUAUUUGAAAAUUGCUUUGCAAGGAUGACUUGCAUCCUAUUCCAGAGAUGUUUUCUCCCUUAGCUACCACACCCUGUAAACCCCUUUACAUUGUCACUCCCAUCAUUUACGUUUCCUCGAACCGAUUGAUUGAAGAGAGAUGCUCAUUUAUCCAUUACCAACAGCUUUGUCCAGGUACUCAUUUCUCCUUCAUUCUCUAGUCGUCAAGACAAUCAUUCACUACAGAUGAAAGGCUCUUUAAUUCCUACAACUCCUUUCUAUUUGAUAUAUGUGAAUGGGGUUCUCUCCCCCUUCCUCUGCAGUUUUCAAGUUCACAUGGCACUCUUUGCUUAUGGUGGUUCUAUGAUGGGUAACUGCAACGCCUUUGUCCUUAAGUUUGGAGAAGAUCUUGCGCCAGCCAUUCGAAUUCACUACAUGUCUCAGCUCCAAGUCUUCAAUAAUUUCUAGACAAUCUUAUCAAACAAGAAGUAUAUGCAGAUUUAGGGUUAGAGUUUAAACAAUAAUCGGCUCAUUCCAUAACUAGUUUAUCAUCAAGGGAAGAGUGGGGGCUAGUUUUUGCAUGAUUAAUUAGCAAUAGCACCAGACUAGCCCAAAUCAUUGGAACACGAUAAUGAAGAUAAAUUAUAAUUAGAACACGAAUCAUGUUAUCCUAUGCUUUGUCCUGGGGUUCUGUCUUACUCUUAUCCAAUAAGAUAACGUUAAUUAC